AGUGGAGUGGAAGAAGCUGGACAGCCACGAUUGGAACAGCAGCGAUUUCAUCAUGGAGACUAGCAGCACAUCCCAUCCACCCACUACAGAUGGUGGAGGGCAGUUUAAUGUAGACUACAUGGAGAGUGGAACUUACAGCUAUGGAAGUUAUAAACUGGGUGACUUCCUCAUCCUUGGCAUUGCCAUCCUAAUCUGCAUGUUGGGGUGCUUGGGGAAUGGACAUAUGAUCUGGCUGCUUUGCUUCCACAUUAAGAGAAAUCCGUUCACCACCUACAUCCUGAAUAUGGCUGUAGCUGACAUUGGCACACUGGUUUUUUUGUUCGUCUUCCUUAUCCUUUUCAUCACAGAUUUCUUACAUGAAUUCUCAUACCUUAGCUUUACUUUCAAACUACGAUACCUCUGUCAUUUUACAUAUACGGCCAGUCUGUGUUUCCUUACCGUCAUCAGCAUGGAAAGGUGUCUGUCUGCCCUCUUUCCAAGGUGGUACCAAUGCCAUCGGCCAACAUGGCUUUCUUCUGGGUUAUCGUUCUUGAUCUGGACCCUGUCUGCCAUGUUCUAUGGAAUGCAGAUUUCAUUUUUCCUGACUUUCUUUAAGGAAUUGUACGCAGUAACCAGGACCAUGUUCAUUGUGAACUUCUGGGUUUUGCCUGCACUUCUGUGUGUUUCCACUUCGGUCCUGCUUACCAAAGUCUGUUGCAAUUCUCAACGAUGGCCAGCUAGAAAUCUAAAUACUGUUAUUCUUCUCUUACUCCUUUUUGUUCUCAUCUUCCGUGUCCCCUCGAUUAUUGCAUACUACCUAUACAGCUCUGAAUAUUCUCAACUUGUUACUGUACUUUCUUGCCUCCUCUACUCCAUCAAUAACAGCAUCAAGCCAAUAUUGUAUUACCUGGUAGGGAAGCGAUGGAGGUAUUCCUCCACAGAACCCAUGAAGGUCGUCCUCCAGAGGAUUUUCCAAGAUGAAGCAUAUUUUAUGGAAGUGAAUGAGCAGUCCAGUGCAAACACAGCUGGAGAAGUAACUUGCUGAAUCCAAAGCAUCAACAGCCAAACAAGGAUUGUCCCUUAAUUGGGGGGCAGGGGACGAUGACUCUGUCAUUGAAUAUUUUAAAAAAGAUGCACAAAGAAGACUCUACUUUGCUAUAUAGACAUUUGUCUCUCUACCUAGGAAUGAAGUUGCAAGAUGUGAUCAAUGGGUUUAAAGAAGGGACAUGGCUUUAUUAGUACACAUGCUAGGGUUUCAAUCCAGAUUUAAGAUGGAUCAAUUGCACUGGUGAAAGUGGGAUUUCCCCAUCCCUUCCUUUCUAUGGCAGGUCCUCCAGACUCCUGAUAAAGCUACCU